CAAAUCACUGUUCACCUAAAGCUGCAGGUAUAAAAACUCAGAGUGACACAGCUAUAUCCAGCAGUGCAUCUUCUUACCGAUACCUGGACAUUGGAGAAGAGAGAUAAACUAUGCGCGAAUGUAUCUCCAUUCAUGUGGGCCAAGCUGGGGCUCAGAUUGGCAAUGCAUGUUGGGAGCUGUACUGUCUGGAACAUGGGAUCCAGCCAGAUGGACAGAUGCCCACUGAAAAGACUCCUGGAGGAGGAGAUGACUCCUUCAACACCUUUUUUAGUGAGACAGGGGCAGGGAAGCAUGUUCCCAGAGCCAUCUUUGUCGACCUGGAACCUACUGUCAUUGAUGAGGUGCGCACAGGAACCUACCGUCAACUGUUCCACCCUGAGCAGCUGAUUACAGGAAAGGAGGAUGCUGCCAACAACUACGCCCGUGGACACUACACCAUCGGCAAGGAGAUCAUUGAUCUGGUUCUGGACAGGACUCGUAAACUGGCUGAUCAGUGCACUGGCCUGCAGGGAUUCCUCAUCUUCCACUCCUUCGGUGGAGGCACUGGCUCAGGUUUUACCUCCCUGCUGAUGGAGAGACUCUCUGUUGAUUAUGGUAAAAAGUCUAAGCUUGAGUUUGCCAUUUACCCAGCCCCCCAGGUCUCCACAGCCGUGGUUGAGCCUUACAACUCCAUCCUGACCACCCACACUACCCUGGAGCACUCCGACUGUGCCUUCAUGGUGGACAAUGAAGCCAUCUAUGAUAUCUGCCGCAGGAACCUUGAUAUCGACAGGCCGACUUACACCAACCUGAACAGGCUCAUUGGCCAGAUUGUGUCUUCAAUCACAGCCUCGCUUCGCUUUGAUGGAGCCCUGAAUGUUGACCUGACAGAAUUCCAGACCAACUUGGUGCCCUACCCUCGUAUCCACUUCCCACUGGCCACCUAUGCUCCAGUCAUCUCCGCUGAGAAAGCCUACCAUGAGCAGCUGUCUGUUGCUGACAUAACCAACACCUGCUUUGAGCCAGCCAAUCAGAUGGUAAAGUGUGAUCCUCGUCAUGGUAAAUACAUGGCCUGCUGUCUGCUGUAUCGUGGUGAUGUGGUGCCCAAAGAUGUCAACUCUGCCAUCGCAGCCAUUAAAACCAAACGCAGCAUCCAGUUUGUGGACUGGUGCCCCACAGGCUUCAAGGUUGGCAUCAACUACCAGCCUCCAACUGUGGUUCCAGGAGGAGACCUGGCCAAAGUGCAGAGAGCUGUGUGCAUGCUGAGCAACACCACAGCCAUUGCUGAGGCCUGGGCCCGUCUCGACCACAAGUUUGACCUCAUGUAUGCCAAGAGAGCCUUUGUCCACUGGUAUGUUGGGGAGGGCAUGGAGGAGGGAGAGUUUGCAGAAGCUAGGGAGGAUAUGGCUGCCCUGGAGAAAGAUUAUGAAGAGGUGGGUACUGACAACAUAGGGGAAGAGGAUGAAGGAGAGGAAUACUGACUUUCCAAGGCACACGUUUAAGCCAAAGUUAAUUGAUACUUACUGACAAUUGAUAAAUGGACAUUUAGUUUUUGUAGUGAAGAAAAAUAUAUCUAUAUCUAUUAAUAAACCAACAGUACUAUCAUUUGGGUAGAACAACAUUUCAAUAACCUAUUAUUAUCUUAAAUAAGUUUUACUUUGAGGAGACAUUCUACAUUACUGAACAUGCAUUCUGCAUACAGUGAGACACAUUCACGAAACAAACCUAAUCCAAAAUCUCAACUGAGCAUCUUAAAGCCUUAAAACAUUAGUUGUCAUACUGGGUAAAAACACUGUAUUUCAUUUUAAAGCAAAGUAACCUGUGGUCAAACAUAUCUUGUUUUGGGCCUUUAAAGAUAUUUUCAUUCUGCUGUAUCACAGACCAAACCCUCUCCUUUGUGCACCUCCCCCCACUAUCCUCUCCCAUGUGGAAUGUAAGUUAUGAAAGGGCUCCUAUGUCAGUUUCUAUAUACCAUUCAGCUGUGACUCUGAGUGCGGGAGAGAGAGAGAGAGAGAGAGAGAGAGAGAGAGAGAGAGAGAGAGAAAAUAACUGACUAACUCACUGACUAGUGUUGUUUGUGUAGCUCAUACUCAGACAGUGGCCUGCAGCAACAAUAGGAUCCCAGUUGUGUAUGAAUCACAGCUCUGAUAUCCUACGAGGGCCGUUCAAAAGUUCUACCAAGGAUAAGCAGAAAAUGGCCUUGACAUCUUGGAAGUUUUUUAUCUUUUACAUUUCAGUGGUGUGUUAAUUUCAAUGUGCCAUUGUGCUAUUUCUUUGUUUGUUUGUUUUUCUCUGAAGUAACCGAUCAAACUGAAACCCUGCAUAUUUCCAUGUCACUUGUGUCUUACUGCUACUUUUCCUAUUGUUAAAGCAUGUGUCAUUUGCAUUUAAGGAUUAGGAAUAAAGAAUUUCAUCAACUUAAA